GGGGGCGGAGCCGGCCCCUGGUCCCGGCCGGAACGACAGGUGGUGAGCGCUGCUUGAGUGGACGGGACUUUGCUGGUGAGCGCGCUUCGCUCCGAGCAGCAGCGGCUGGGCUAUAGCCCGCACGAAGCAUACUGAUCUUUUACAUAUUUGGAAGAGGAUUUUUUUAUGGCACUUACAUCCUAUUGUGUGGACACAGGGUCUAGCAUACCAGAUUUCUCUUUGCUGAGGGAAAUGAAGCCUUUCAGGGAGGCUUUCAAGAGGAAGAGCUAAUAAAUUGCUCUGAAGUUGAUACAAGCUUGUCCAGGAAAAAGGGCGGGGCCUGGAAAGCCUGUGUUAGCAGCUGUUUUCAGAUACUUGCAUUACAUCUCAGCUUUCCUGCCAGCUGCUGCAGUGCAGAUCAGCAGACAUGUCCAUAGCACUCAAGCAAGUCUUUAAUAAAGAUAAGACUUUCCGCCCAAAACGCAAGUUUGAGCCUGGAACCCAGAGGUUUGAACUUCACAAACGAGCACAAGCAUCUCUCAACUCAGGCGUGGACUUGAAAGCAGCUGUGCAGUUGCCCAGUGGAGAAGACCAGAAUGAGUGGGUGGCUGUUCAUGUUGUUGACUUCUUCAAUAGGAUCAACCUCAUUUAUGGAACUGUCUGUGAGUUCUGCACAGAGAGGACCUGCCCGGUGAUGUCUGGAGGCCCCAAGUAUGAGUACCGGUGGCAGGAUGACUUGAAGUACAAAAAGCCCACAGCGUUGCCAGCACCCCACUAUAUGAAUCUUCUCAUGGAUUGGAUUGAGAUGCAAAUCAACAAUGAGGAUAUAUUUCCUACAAGUGUAGGUGUUCCCUUUCCAAAGAACUUUCUCCAGAUCUGCAAGAAGAUACUCUGUCGGCUUUUUCGGGUGUUUGUUCAUGUCUACAUCCAUCACUUUGACCGUAUUAUCCUCAUGGGGGCUGAGGCCCAUGUCAACACCUGUUAUAAGCAUUUUUAUUAUUUUGUGACAGAGCUCAACCUCAUAGACCGCAAAGAAUUAGAGCCUUUGAAAGAGAUGACAACCAGGAUUUGUCACUAAAAACUACCCACUGAAGACAAGCAAAGUCCAAGAACAUGACUUCAUACUGCAAAGUUCAAGAAGAUGACACGUCUCAUGGACUGAGCCUGCUUGUUAAUCCCUGAAAGCGGGAAAGUUGGGAGCCACAGUUACUGUCACAAAUGCUUCUCUCCAGUGUCAAUGUUGUUAACCCUAGAUAUGCUGCUAGGAACCUUAUCUGAGCAACAUGGAUUAUUGAGAAAAAGAAGAAUCAUAUCCGUUCUAGGUCCUUUGUCAGGGAUAAGAACCUCUUCAUCCACAGGACAAUAGCAGACAGUGCCCCUGCUGCUAAAGCUUUACCGAAAUUCAGGUCCCUGGGCUGACCUCCAGACUAGUUGUUUUGAAAUGAAAUCUGCAAUCUUGCUUUCUUUUGUUUCUUGGGAGGUGCUUUCUUUCCUAACUGCAACAGACUAUUAAGAGGUUCUGGAAUCAAAGAAGGCUUCGUCUUUAAUGCCCCCACCCCACUCCAGGCUGCACAAGGCUUGGCCCACCGUCCCAAAUUCUAGCAAGCCUUGUGUUUCCAAGAAGACAGCCAUGACUUUCAGCUGAGCAGGCAGUUUAUGCUUCAUUAUGACCCAUAAUUAAAUUACAAUGGGGGUGUUUCUGAUCUCAACUACAUGAACAGGGAUCCAGAUAUAGCUCUGCAGUGCUGAGGUAUUUUCCUUGAAUUCAUGCUGUAACUGACAGCAAAUGUUCACAGUAUCUCUAUAUUACAUAAAAAAUAACAGCUACAGUCAUCAUUUUCCUGAAGCACCCUAUGAAGUACGCCAAUCUAUUGUGUAAUUUUAAUUUCAUAUCCUUCUGUCCGCUUUGGAAAAGGAUCCUUCUCGAUCACUCUAAAAUUUUAUCUUUUCAGAGAAAAAUAAAUUUAAUUUGUGUAACUUGGGAAGAAGAUACAGUAAAGAUGAGUAGUAAAAUAGGUUAGUGCAGGAGGGACUAAUUGAAGGUCUCUGUUGCCACUAAACUGUGCCCAGCAAUGUGACUUGCUUAUACACUGGGCUAACACAAUUUUUUUUUUUCCAGAACCAAGUUAAUUAACACAUGUAUGGACAGUGUGGAAGGAUCCAUUGCAGCAAAUCAAGUCUUCUACGCCAUAUAUGCCUUGAGGAGGCUUUCUUCUGGGAAAAAAAAGAAAAAAACAAAAACAAAACAAAAACAAACAAACAAACAAACACCCGGAAAAAUUAAAGUGAUACUUAUCAGGGGUAUCACUAGAGAAAUACUUCUGAAUAAAUGGGAAUCAAGUGGAACACAUCUAUAUAUUCUGUGCCUUGUAAUGAAUUUUGCACACUUGUGUUAUUGUGAAAAGUUACUUUUCCUGAGUAAGUGCUGAACCCUGUUGCUGCCUUCUUGAGUAAGUUUAGGUAUGUUUAUGUCUUCUGAGACAGAAUCAGAAGAAAUUCUCAUGGAGCAUCCAGUGAUUGGAAUAUUUGAAAUAGAGGGGUAGAAGAUAAAAGAGUAACAGCAAAUAUUUUCUAGCUUAAUGUUGUAGCACAUUCUGAUUUAUUUGCCUGUGUGCUUAAAUCAGGGCUUGUAAAAUUCUUGCUUGGAAAAAGUGCUUUGGUCUGUGAACAUUUGGUAUAUCUAUGAUGAGGGCUUUUCUGCAUCUCUAGAACUACACAAGCAGCAUUAUCCUUUGCUUUCAAGGGGAUGGACCUGAGUUUUUCUACCUCCUUUGGUAGUCUUUGCAAUCAGGUUAAUUCUUUGGGGAUUGGAAUGCACACACAGAUGAUUUCUGUUCUCCUGGCACUUCUGCAGGAUGUUACUAGCUUCUGGAAUUCAUUGCCGCAGCUGCUCCUGAGCUGACCUUAUUUUGAAGAUGAAAAAUAUAACUUCUUUGGGGUGGUUUAUGUAGCUGGCAACUGCCUGGAAUUACAACUUCAAUUAUAAAGGGUUUCUUAAACUUCUCCAAAGAACCUGGCCUGUGGCACUGUUUGAGAUGAAGCUGUAGCUGGUGCAGUGCACUUGAAUUCCACUGCCACCGUAGGCACUUGCCAUGUGGUGUUCUCAGUCUGGGCAACAUUGUAUUUGAAAGAUCAACAUAAAGAUGCAAAGGUGUGGAAUUUAGUGCAAAAAGAUCAAAGUCACUACACAAAUUGAAAAACAUGGGUUGUAUGCAUAAUUUAGUUGGCAUUUUAUUACACUACUUAGCAUAUGCUGUUUUGAGACUAUUCACUGCAGCUCAGUCUGAAGACAAGGCAGAAUUUUUUCUCAGUUACCUUUUUGUGAAUGCAUAAAUUUUUUGAAUGCAAAACUUAUCAGUUGGAGUGUUUUCCUUUACUUUUAAACUGCUUUUUUUGCCACAAACCCCUAUGUUUCAUUUUCUGGUAUGGCACUCUGUAUGAGACAAAAAAGUGAAAUGCAGAGUUGGACCCUAGAGGAUUUGUGUUUGGCCUGGCCAAAAUCCUUACAAUUGCAAAAAUCCAUUAUUACGCAGGAGAUGAACCAGCUGCAAAGGAGAGAAAAGUGUACUUGUUUUGGUUGCAUAUUCUGCUAGGAAGAACAUGGAGUUUCCUUUCUUCACUCGACAAGGUGUGGCCUUCUGCUGAGAAUCUCCCAACGGGGAUUCUUGCUUUUGCAGCACAGCUGUUGAGCCACCACUUGGCCAUCACGUACCAUGGGCUGUUUUUCCUGUUCCACUCCAUGGUAGCUGAUAAGCAAAUACAAAUGUUUGGAGUAUGGCAUCACUAUAUAAAAGUAUCAUUUUACCCCUUCCCAUAGAGAGAGAAAGGCAGCUUCUUCUUGAAUCUUGUGAUCAAGGAUUCCAACAUCAUCAGUAAUUUGCUCAGGGCCACUAACAGACAGAAUUGUGCUUUGCUUGUUAAUGAUUUUUUCUGAUCUCAGUAUUACGUAUGUUCCUAAUAAUGUCAGCAUUCCAUAUUGUUCUGGGAUUGGGAAAGGUGGGGGAGGAAAGGAAGAGAAGAGUUUAUUCUUUGGAUUUUUGUGGUUUUUAAAUCACUUUUCUAGUUCUUCAAUCAGGUUUUGUUUUUCUUAGUAGGUUUAAGUUUUUUCCCGAUACCUUUAAAGAUGCUGUUGUGUUAAACUUCAGUGCACUUUAUAGUGCCUUUAUAGAGCAAUAAUUUCAACUGACUGAAACAGCUUUUCUCUGAAGUAUUGAAAGAUUGUGAAAGGUUCCUAUGACACCAAACUUUACUUCAGUUGUUAAAGACUUAAGAAGUUUCAUUCAUUGUCUCUGUAAUAAGAGAUUUUGUAAUGAACUUCCAUUUUGUGUGAACAGAGAUUAGUGACAACUGUAAUAUGAAACAAAUCUGAACAUAACAUCCCUUAGGUUUCAUGAACAAUGGAGUCCCAGGACCUUUUGAAGGGUUUUUUUUACCAAUUCACAACAGCAAAAUUAAUUAUUUCUAUCAGAUUUGAAAGAACAUGCGGACUUAUGAAACUUACUAUUAUUCUCCAAGAACUCAAGCUCUAAAGCAGCAAAAUCUACAUUGGGCAAGUUACUUGAUUCUCCUGAUGAAUGGAUUAAGAACAAGGCAGGGAAAGGGGAGGAAAACAGAUAAAUGUAACUCUUAAGGGACCUGCAGACAGUUUAAGAUGUGCAGAGACUUAAUGGGUGAACAUUGGCCCCAGCAAUCACAAAUUCCUUGUCUGUGGAAAGGAUGCAGAGAAUGAUGGUUUUUUGUAGUUGGGAAGCCACUCUUGUCAAGUCUCUAUUAACAGCAGACUAAAAUAUCUUGAGCACCUUCGGGUCAAAUAAAUUUCACAUUUUGGAGCCCCCUCACAAAAAGCUACUCCUUCCUGUCACUUUUUACCUUCUGCAUGUUCUUGAGGUUUCUCAUUUCCUGUGUUGCAGGUCUCAGAGACAGCCUUCAGCCCUUCAGCAUUUCUUUUGUUUCCCCAAUGACAGUGCUGUUACAAAAAAGUAGCUUUUUUGCCUCCCUCUGUGUGUCCAGAGGAGUGACUUCUCACCUGUGCCCUCUGAAGAGAGACCAUCAAGGGCUGGCUGUUUAUCAUCUCUUCAGAAGAAAAAAAACAAGAGAGCAGGAGGUACCUGCAGGAGCAGAAAAACAUGAGUCACUGCAAUGUAAAACAGACAUAUGAUUGCUAUAGUAAAGCAUUCUCUAUGGGCUUUAGAAAGGGAAUAACACUGGGGCACCCCGUAUAGACAAGUGGUCAGUAUUUAGACAUUUUUUCCUAUAUAUUGGGAAAAAAAAUUAAUACAAGACAUUUUUAAUAAUUAUGGAGACUAUCUCAAAAGCAAAGCAAGCCAAAUCAGCACUAACAACCUGGUGAUGGUGUACAUUUAAAUAAAAAGUUAUCAAAGAUGAAUUUUUAUGUGUCUUAUGCUAAAUAGAAGUGAUUUCCAAGGUUUAGCCAAAUAUGUUAAAGCUCUUAAAGUAAUUUCUGUUCUGUGUUUUAAUAAGUUUUCCUGUUUUAAAGACAGAUAUAAUUAAUAUAUUAAAAUUACAAUAUUUGUCUCCCAGGGAAAAAAUAAAUUACUUGUCCAGUUUUGAUACGUGUGUCUGUGUAUGUGCAUGUGUGCUUUAUAUACUUAUAUGUGUGUGUGUGUUUGAGGAUAUGGAUGUGGAAGCAUCAGCACAUGCACAUGUCCACUCCCUGCUCUUUCCCAUAAAAUACAUUGUUUUUUAAUUUUGGUAAUAUUUAAGGGGAAUGCUUCUUUCUAAGAAAUAAGUGGUUUAUUCCUUUUCUUCUCCAUGCAUCAGCCCUGUUUAGUGUGUUAAUUUUUUUUUUAAUGAUGUCAUGUUUGUCUCAGACUUUUUUUAGUUCUAUAUGUUAUUAAAUAAUUGUUCAACUCUGUGGGAAGAAAGACCGAUAUUAACUGUUGUAGUCUUCAAAAGAAAAGUUUACUUUCCAAACCAAUCAUCAUGGAUGAAGCAAUUAGAUACAAAUAUAAAUAAAAUAAACAUAACAAUGCAGAAGUGUUGUUUAGUUAUUUGGCAUCUAACUCUUCAACAAGAAAAAUGCAUAUGGUUUUCAUACCACUGAGCAGAAUUCCCUGGCAAGCUCCCUGAACUCAGAGGUGAGUGAGAUCCAUCACUGCCAAUGCACCAGCUUCACAGUCCUCCUGUGACAGUGUGACACCAAGAAAAAUUUACCAAAUGCUAAUGCCAGUUUUGCUAACACAAACUGGCCAGCAGCCGCUCACCAACACUGGGAUCAGACAAAGCAUGUGAGUAGUCAUUCCUUAGCUAAGUUGGCCUGCUCGUUUUUGUCUGUCAAAUAUUUGAGCUUGGGUAACUCAUGGGCUUCAUGAUGUCCUUUACCUGACUCCUGAUGAGACACUCCAAAGAGUGUCCAGCAGUGAUGGGUAAGUAGCACCAAGCCAGUUAAAGGCAAAGUUUUGUCUCCUAAAAACAAAACUCUUAAGAGCCUAGGUUAGAAUCUGGCUGCCACAGAGAGAAAAGAGAUCUAAUAGGGCAGUAGAAAUUAUCUCCAGUAUGCGGACUUGGGAGCUCAGUGCAUUGUUCCCUGUCCUCAUUCCUAAAGCACA